UCAUCUUGGCCGAGAAGAACGCUAUUGGUUGCUCCUGGCCGUCUUCAUCCCGCUGGAACAACACUGCACCGCCUCCGAUCUGGGAUGCAUCGCACUGGAUGAAAAAGUGCCGCUUGAAGUCCGCAUGUACCAGCACUGGCGCAGUAGUUAGGGCCAUUUUCAUGGACUCUACUGCCAGCUGUGCUCCUGGACUCAAGGAAAACUUCUUAUUUCCCGUCUUCUUCAAGGAUUCCGUGAGCGGGGCUGCCAACGUCGCGAAGUUCUUUAUAAACCGACGGUACCAACCCGCGGUUAUAAGAAAGGCUCUCACUUCCUUCAUGGUCCUUGGCUCAGGCAUCCGCCUAAUGGCUGCUACACGCCCUGGAUCCAUCCGCAGACGUCCUCCACCCACUAUGAAGCCGAGGCAUUCAGCGACUCGGCGAAGAUACUUCAUAGUCCGAAAGGCAUUACCCGAAACUGGUAAAGAGGCCGACCAGGAACCGGCUGUGUAUUCUUUGCUGCUCGUGUCCAACUCAAUCUGCCAAAAAGCGAACUUCAAAACCACGCUGGAAAUGAAGUACGUUUGGUCGAUUCUGGAGAGGAAGCCGGCUAUGCUGGGCAGCGGGUAA